CAUUGUGCUUGAGAGGGGGUUGACUAGAGAACUCAACAAGCGAAAAAAUCCGCCUUAGGCACUUUCGUCGUUUUUGUUGGCGAAUGGUGGUUUUAUGUAUGCUUUUGGACUGUGUUCGAGUAUGUGUAACUGUUCAUAAUGUUAUCCACACGUUUUAAUGAUUGAAAUUGUUUUUAUUGCGGGUACUCAAAAGAACUCCCAAAAGUUUGGGGUGGUUCGCACCGACGAAUUGCCGAAUGAAGCGCUGAAAUCUGUCCGUCUGUUCUUGAGUUGAAGUUUCUCUGUUGACUUGAAAAGUGUGUUUGGUGCUGUGGUCUCUCUCAGCUGGAUUCAAAUGGAAAACAUAUCAGCGACCUUGAUGAUUAUGAAUUUCUCUACUUGGAUGGAACACUUUGCAUCAACUUUUGAAUACACACCAAGGAAUAGUAAAUUGCUAGAUCAGAUUUAGAAAAAGACAUCUUUGCAAUACGUAUUUUAUGGUUUCGGAUUAACAUUAAUCAACUAGAAAUUUGUGGCUGUAAAUCCAUCAGUGUUUCACAAUGGAGGGGGAUCAAGUGUCCUCUGCUGAGGAGCCGCAGGCGGUCAGCGCCGCAUCAUCGGACAGUUUCUCCCGGCUGUGGUCGGACGUGAUGGGGAUGCUGGAUGGCUCUCUGGGUAAUAUAGAUGACCUGGCACAAGAGUACUCUGAGUACUACAAUACAUACUCCAGCGACGUCAGCGACCGGAUGGAGGAACUACGCAAGCGGCAAGUCUCUCAAGAGCUAGAAGAGGACAAAGCAGAAACCAGCUCUGGCUCUUCACAGCUGUGUUCAGACCUCCAGGAGUCAUUUGGCUUCAGCAGUGAGGUUUCCACUCCAGAGACUGAGAGAAAAAUUCCUCUGCACAAGUCCAGCUCUGAGGAUGGAUCAGGAAAAUGGGACAACAAGAAGAAAAGCAAAUCCUUCUGGCUGAACUUCAGAAAGUCGCAGAAAGGGGUCACAAGGCAAACAGGAAAAGGAGAGGACAUUGGUUACGUGGCCAGUGAGAUCACAAUGAGCGAUGAAGAGCGGAUCCAGCUGAUGAUGAUGGUGAAAGAGAAGAUGAUCACAGUGGAGGAAGCACUGGCACGGUUAAAGGAGUAUGAAAGGAACAGACAGUUGAGUUCCAGUACAGAAACAGCAGAGUGGACUGAUGGAUCCAGUCCCACUGUUAACCUCUCCUCCGCCUGCAAUUCUGCGGAGCAGUCUGAUGAUGAGCAGGAUGACUCGGUGAAGUUCAAGAGGCUUCACAAGCUGGUCAAUUCAACUCGACGUGUUCGCAAGAAACUCAUCAAAGUGGAUGAAGGCAAAAGGCAUGGCUGGCAAGAUUCUCUAAGUCUGGAUGAAACCCCUUUAUGUGACGAUUCAAAUGCAAUGUACGCAGGGAUCCACAAAAAGUCGGCUCUGUGCACAGACUCCUCUUUGUCCUCCCUUGCCCAAGAACAGCUCUCUCUGGAUGGGGACAUUGAUAGCCUGACCACCUCGCCCUCCACCAGCAGCCUUGAAGCCUGGAAACCUGCUCACAAGUUAGUGAAGGCCCCCGGCGCACAUCCCCAUGGCCUGAUCCGCCCACCACGCAAGAGCAGUGCCGGGUCUGGACUGGGUUUAGCGGGGGAUAGUGGCUCCUCUUUCUCAGAAUUGGAAGGUUUACGAGACGACAGCGCUAAAGUCUCCUGCUCAGUGACAGACGGAGAGAUGCGGAAAGCCUUGUCGUCUUUGUCUCAUGGGAGAACGUGUAGUUUUGGAGGAUUUGAUCUGUCUAAUCGUUCCCUCCAUGUGGUCAACACGGACUCUGAGCCUAGCGAGAAGGAGACUCUAUACAGGGAUGUAGUGAAAUCUCCCACCACGUCCCGUAUCUCUCUAGGGAAGAAAGUCAAAUCAGUCAAAGAGACUAUGAGGAAGCGUAUGUCCAAGAAAUACACUGGUUCUCUGUCCGAACAGUCUAGUACAGAUGGGAUGCCCAGUUGUCCUCAGUCACCUCAGCCAGACAAAGACUCUCUAGAGAAUCCCAAACUCAAGGCAGGAGGGUCUGUAGAGAGUCUGCGCAGCUCCCUCAGUGAACAGAGCUCCAUGAGUGGACAGACAGUGAGCACCACGGACUCAUCAGCCAGCAACAGAGAGAGUGUGAGGAGUGAGGAUGGUGAUGAUGAAGAGCCUCCAUACAGAGGCCCAUUCUGCGGUAGAGCACGAGUUCACACUGACUUCACACCCAGUCCAUAUGACACCGACUCACUCAAGCUGAAGAGAGGAGAUGUGAUUGAUAUCAUCAGUAAGCCACCCAUGGGCACAUGGAUGGGUCUGCUCAAUAAUAAGGUGGGCACGUUUAAGUUCAUCUACGUGGAUGUGCUGGCUGAAGAACAGGAGAAGCCCAAACGGGCAGUUCGGAGGAGGAGAAAGGGCAGGCCACCCAAACCCACCUCUGUAGAGGAGCUACUGGAGAGAAUCAACCUGAAGGAGCAUAUGCCAACCUUCCUGUUUAAUGGGUAUGAGGAUCUGGAUACAUUUAAGUUACUAGAGGAAGACGAUUUGGAUGAACUCAACAUCAGAGACCCACAACACCGAGCUGUUCUGCUGACUGCUGUAGAACUACUGCAAGAUUAUGACAGUAGCAGUGAUCCAGAGUGCAGCGCCUUCUCUGGCUCACAGGAGAAACUCCUCUGUGAGGGGCAUGGCCUCAUGGCCAACUCUCCACGGGACUCUGGUUGCUACGAAAGCAACGAAAACCUAGAGAAUGGUAAGAGUCGUAAGGCAUCACGCCACAGCCGUGGUUCGUCUGGAUUUGAUUGUGGGGGUAACAAGUCACCAGACUAUCCCACUCUCCCUGUGACUAACUCCACUGAAGCUCUUCAGCAACAGGCCAAGAAAGAACGCAAGUUCCCCAAGACCUUUCUGCCCUGGUCCAUUAAGGGCUUCAGUCUACGAAGCCUUGGCCUUAAAAAGGGCUCCAAAGCAGGACAAACCUCACGCAUGCCAGUAAGCCGUAGUUGUGAGGAGUUAGAUGGCCCCCAGGAGACCCCUCAGUCUUGGAAGCGCUCACAUUCUCUGGGGGAUCUACACUGGGAGCAGUCUUUCGAUCAGAGGAAGGAACACCAGGACCAGAACCAAAGUGGCAGGCCUCAGAGAAGCAAAGAGGAAGUAAAGAUAGAUUCUGUAGAAUCAAAACGGGUUGCAGAUAAGUCUGGAAAAGAGACUGGGUCAAUGGAGAGGCCAGCAAUUCCCACAGAGCUGCUUCUUAGCCCAGUCAGACCCUUGCCUGCUGUUCAGACCUCAAACCGCCAACCUGCCUCUGCCCCAACUAGCCCUGCUCCAAGAACGCACCCUAAAAAACCACCUGUUCCACCUCCCGUGCCAGCGAAAAAGUCCAAGGAUCAUCUGCCGAAUGGCCUGUGCCAGCCUCCACUAGUGCUGUCUGAUUCAGUACCAAAUACACCAGACUUGCUCCCAAAACCCUUACACACCUCAGCCACUUCUUCUGAGGGUACCCCAUCAACCCCAGCGUCCUCGGUUGAGCCUGGAACUCCACCAACUGUAAGUCCACCAUGGUUGUCUGACCUGCCUGAAUCUGCAUGUCCUCAGAUCCAUGGAACUAAAGUGGCCCUCAACAGGAAGAUCUCUCAUGCCAAAAUGGUUGACCUGGAGACUCUGCUGGAGGAAAGGAUGCAUUCAGAAGGGAUUGACCUCACAGAAGAGCCAUACUCUGAUAAACAUGGUCGAUGUGGUAUUUCUCAACUUUUAGUACAGAGAUACUCAGAGGAUUUUCAGCAGCCAGUGAAGGAUGUGGCAUCCAGUCUGGAUCAGAUCAGAGUUAAACAACUCCGCAAGGAGCACCGCAUGGCUAUUCCCUCUGGAGGUUUGACUGAUAUCUGUCGGAAGCCUGUAUCUCCUGUUCAUGUGAACUCUGUUUCUGAUUGGCUUGUGUCAAUUGGAAUGCCCAUGUAUUGUGCCCCUCUAUUGGCUGCAGGCUUUGACACUCUGGGCCGUGUGUCGUCCUUAACCGAGACAAGAGCGAGGGAGGCAGGGUUAAAGGAGGAGAAUCACAUACGUAUUCUUCUCAGUGAGGCCAAAAUAGUCACAGCCAACAGUUCAGUACCAUCAUAAUAUUCACAUGAGCUUCUAUAACUGCUAUGAACUUGAAUAAAUUGAUUGAAUCCAGCGGCCCGGUAAAGGAACAUGCCUGGGACAGUAUAUCACGAAGUCUUUUCUGGUGUUCUAUAUUGCUAAAAUCUCUCAGCCCUCUGACAUUUACAGUGGUCUGACUUCCAAGGACUCCAUAGAAAUAUGUAGUUUUGGUUUUUAAGAGAAAGCACAUUUUCUUUAAGAGAAUUUAUGUUUUUGUAAGACUUUAAAGACUGUUAAACCCCUUUCUCAAUUUUUCAGGAAGUGUGAGGUUUAUUUAGAAAAAAGAUUGUUUUUAGUGCUUAUUAAAGCACAUGAAUAUCAAUAUGUCACCUGGCCAAAACAACUUAAUUUCAUGCAGGUUUUGUUAAUAUAAUAUUACUUUUGUCUCAGAACAUAUGUAUAUUGAAUAUGUGUAUCAAAAGAUGUGUCCUUUUUGGUGAGUUAAGUAAAGUAUAUGUUUAUAAAAUUCUCAAAAUCAUGAUGUUGCCAUAUAGACAUAACAGAGUAAUGCACAUUUUGAUUUCUGGCCAAUAAUUGGCUGUGGUUUUAGCAAGUAUGCAUAUGUUUGUAUAGAGAGUGAUAAAACCAUUUCACAAACCUUCUCUCUUUUCAUAACAUUUAAAAAAAAAAAAAAAAAAAAAAAACGCUAUUUUAUACUAUGCUUAAGAUAAUACAUUAUAUUCACAGCACAUUUAAUCUUCCAACAGACAUCACUUACUCAAUAGCUACUGUGGGAUAGCAGUUUAUUACAUUAUCAGUAAAACCAAUUUAAAACUGUUGCCUCUGUUAUCUUGAAAAUUAAUCUCAUGCAUAUUGUGUACCUCUUAUUAUACUCCUCUCUGAUGCACCUGAUGCAUCAUACAGCUGUAAAAUACUUGCUGGAAUUAAAUUAGUUUUUUGUUUCAUUUUGCCCCAGAUUGCCUUUCACUUUGACUGGGGUGUUGAAGAAAUGUUGAAUACUUAAGCUCCUUGAAGCACACAGUCUUAGCCUUAAAAUACAAGUAAAUUGAAUCAAAUCAAAUGUGGAAAUCUCUAACCUAGAGUAAUGUUCUGAAAUAAGGGACUUUCCAGAGACUGGAGGCGAAUAUGUUGGCUGCUUCACUGAUUAUUUAAAAGUGUACAAAUCAGGAAGAACGUUCCAUAAAGCAUUUAUUUAUUUCUGGAAUUAUCAGGGCAAGCUGGUUUUUGAGUCAUGUUACCAUGUCAUUAUAUGUUCAGUUUUUUACUUUGUGAGAAAAGAAGGAUGGUUUGAAGCUCCAGAGUGAUUCCUCAUGUGUUUAGUUAUGUCACUUCCACUCAGUAGCUCUUAUGAACAUAUGCUUCUCUAUAGAGUUAUGCAGUAUAUCCUGAUUUCAAGAUAUGCCGAGAUAUUGUGAUUUCCAGAUAUUGUGAAUGAUACAAAUAACAAGUAACUCUGUGUGUGUGAACAGGUAGAAUGAGGUUUUAUGUGUUAACAGAAAUGUCAUUAUUGCUGUAAAUCACCCCAAAUUAAGCACAACAAAGCGACUUUCUCCCAAACUCACUUAGGUUGGUUUUGAUUAGGCACACACAAAUCUGAAGUGAAAAUAUAACAUUUAGAUGCUUCUAAAGAUCUUAUUGUUUUAAAAUUUUUCCUACAGUAGAAAUACAUGUCAAGUCAUAUUUCCACAAGGCCUUGCAGUUUUAGGAAAUUAUCUUUUUUAAUGAUCCCUUUAGAAUGAUUGUAUUUAUCCCUUGUUACCCUUUUGUAUCUAAUGCAGCACAAUUUAUAGAUUGUUAUGCAAAACAUUUUAUGACAAAUUUCAAAUAUCAGUGGAGAAUCAAUAGAAGUUAAUAUAAGUUGAGUGCUUUGAUAACAAUGAGGCUUUUUUAUGUAAUUUGAAAAUAAAACUCUAUUACAGUAGAUGUUACUGUAAAAUGCACUUUAUGAAAGAAUGAAAGAUGAUUUUAAUUCCAUUGCAGAGAAAAUUAGAUUUUUUUCAAUUGUAAGCAGGGGUUUGUUUUCAGGUCAUAUUCUAAAGGUCGAAACGGACUGUGAUGGUCACUGACAAGAAUUGUUUAAAUAUCAAAUCUUUGUUAAAAAUGUAAUCACUCAUUAAUUAAUAAAAGAACUAACCAUGACCAGUUAUUUAUUUCAACCUAAAAUAUAAAUAAAUUGGUUCUAAUUACAUAUAUGUAAUGUAAUUGAUUUAUAAACUUGUUUUGCUGUAUUAGCUGUACUAUACAUAAUAGAGGGCAAUACUCUUUCAUCAAAGUUAGCCAGUGACAUGCUCCAAUGACCAUUGUAAAAUAUAUGUAUAAAAAUUAUUUUAUCUGGUUUCAGCUCGCUAAUAAUUGUCUAUAAAGAUUUUGCUUGUGUAUUUACAAAACAUUUCGUAAAAUAUUUGUCAUUUUGAGGCGUAAUAAAAAAGGACU